AUGCUAAACAUAGAACAACAAGCAAUUGUAAAAGACAUUGCCAUUAAAAAGAUGAAAAACAUGCAAACGCCAUUGCAUUUAUUCCUCACUAGCGGAGAAGGAAUUGGAAAGACAUUCACAGCAAAAGCCAUCUACCAAACACUUCUCCACCUUUAUAGUGCUUCCAUUGACAAUGAUCCAGACAAACCAAAAGGACUAAUCACUGCAUAUACAGGAAAAUCAACAUUCAAUAUUGGUGGAACUACACUACAUUCAACAUUUCACAUACCUUUUAACAAAUCAAACUUUGUACCGCUUAGCACUAAGACUCUAGAUACAAUGUCAAAACACUUCAGCCAGUUACGUGUCCUGCUAAUUGAUGAAAUAUCUUUAGUUGGCUCAACAUUCCUUCGUUACGUAGACAAACGUUUAUGUGACAGAAUGCAAACACCCACAACAGCCUUUGGUGGGUUGGACACAAUAUUUUGUGGUGACCUCUACCAAGCACUACCAAUAAUUGACUCCAUUAUCUUUGAAAACAAACCAACUUCUACAGAAUUCCUGCCAUACAAUUUCUGGAUAGACAAUGUCAAGUGCUACCCACUAACAAAAACAAUGCGACAAAAAGACGAAACUUUCAUCUCUAUCUUAAACAAAAUACGCGUCGCUGCACAAACAAGUUAUGACAUUGACUAUCUUAAUCAACAUUGCUUAAAGGAACCACCAGUUGACCCAACACUACCUAACCUCUUCUACAAAAAAGCUGACGUAGACAAGCACAAUAAUAAAAUGCUAACAAAACUUCCAGGAGACACAAUUGUCCUUCAUGCAUUGGAUGAGCAAGAAACCAAUAUAGACACAAUUCGUUUGUAUGGCCACACAACUACUUUGCCUCCCCAAAUUCACGUCAAACCAAAUAUACUAGUUGAAAUAUAUGCUGCAUUACGAAUGCAACAACAUACAACAACAACACCAAAGUCUGAGAUAAUGGACACUAACAUAGGCAAAAGAUCCAAAAUUAACAAUGAAAUUUCAUUAUCGAUCGACGACCUAAACGCCAGAAAAACUGGAAACAAUUUUCAAGGAGAUGUUCUUGUCGUCUACAAAGCAACAUUGGACAAAGUGAAAAAGACUAGAGAAGAUCUCCGUGUAGACCUCACAGAUUUGAAGGGUGAAAUGACAAUAACUCUCACUGUCAGCAACAACUUACUACACAAAUUCGAAGACAACAGCAUCCCAGACAUGGGCCUCUCUAUAUGA